CCGAUUCCAACAAACGCAGCUUUCGGUCUCGCUCUUGAAACGGACUAAAACCUUUUCUUUUCUGGCAUUCUUGAUCUUACUCGAUGCCUCCGACGUUCCUGCCUCUCCGGUGUGCGAACACCCGGGACCAGUGGUGGUGCGCCUCUCCAAUCGAAUGUGCAGCCGCUAAUGGCCACUAUGAUCUUGUCCGCGAGCUCCUCCGCAUUGACCCUAACCACCUCAUUGAGCUCACCUCGCUCCGCCGCAUCCACCGCCUCGAGGCUCUCUGGGAGGAGGCGGGCGACGCCGGGCGCUUCCGCGGCAUCGCCGAGCACCGCUCCCGGGUGGCCCGGCAGCUUCUGCUGGAGUUCGAUUCGAAGAACAAAGGUUCCCUCGUCAAGGGUCGAUACGGUAUUGGUGGGUGGCUCAUGUACACCGCUGCGUCGGCAGGGGACUUGGGUUUCGUCCAGGAGCUGCUGGAGAGAGACCCGUCUCUUGUUUUGGGAGAGGGCGAAUACGGCCUCACCGACAUCCUUUACGCUGCUUCCAGGAGCAGAAGCCGUGAGGUCUUCAAGGUGGUUCUCGAUUUCACGGUGUCUCCGAGGGCGUUGUGGUCGAUGCCGACCAAGAAUGCACGGCAGGGAGAGGUUGCUUCCUUGUACAGAUGGGAGGUGAUGAACAGAGCAGUGCACGCUGCUGCUAGAGGAGGCAAUUUGGAGAUCCUGAAGGAGCUCAUCGCGGGUGACGACCGCUCCGAUGUUCUGGCUUAUAGAGAUGCUCAUGGCUCCACCGUCUUGCAUUCUGCUGCAGGCAAAGGACAUGUCGAGGUGGUUGAGCAUCUUAUUCAAGCCUUCGACAUCAUCGACACGACCGACCAUCGAGGCAACUUGGCGCUGCACAUAGCUGCUCACAAGGGUCAGUUGCCCACAAUCCAGGCACUAAUCUCUGCUUCUCCGUCUUCUAUCUCGUCGAAGAACAUGAAUGGAGAGACUCUCCUCCACAUGGCUAUUUCUGGACUCCAAGCUCCGGAUUUCCGGAGAUGGGAUGUCCAGAUCGAGAUGAUGAAGAAAUUCUUGAGUGGAGAAGUCUUCAAUGUGGAAGAUGUAAUCAACGCGAAGAAUAAUGACGGCCGGACCGCUCUUCACUUGGCGAUCGUCGGUAACGUGCACCACAAACUAGUGGAGAUAUUGAUGGCGGCACCAGGACUCGAUGUGAACGUUCCUGAUGAAGACGGGAUGACCCCACUUGAUUGGCUCAAACGGCGACCGCGCUCCGCAUCAUCGGAUAUACUAAUCAGGAAGUUAGUUUUGGCUGGAGGCCGAAUGCUUGGGAUUCCUGAAUUUUCUGCUAGAGAAGCCUUGCUUUCGGAGAUAAAGAUGCCUAGCAACGGAACAGCUAGCCCAGGAACAUCUUUUCAAAUAGACGAUAAUGAAAUCUUCUUGCACGCCAGGGUCCGGGACACGUCGGACGCUGACGGCUAUCGGAACAGAGCGGGAAUCAACUCUUGCUCAUUCGACUCGACCGAUGAAAACAGCAGUUCCUGCAUCAGUGAGAGACCCAGUUCUGCGAAUAGCGUCAGGAGGCGACUCAAGAAGUUCCCGUGGCCAAGUAUUCGAGCAAACAAGCACGAACCGGGGAUCUGCAACAAGUAGAUGCAGGAACGCAGGGGCUUGGAAUUCUGAUUGGAAUGCGCAAUAUCAAGAGAACUGGAGGAGAGAGUCUUACUUCUUCAACUGUUCAAUCAAGUUAUAAAGACCUUCGCACGAUUAGAAAUGUUCAUUGUCGUUCU